UAUUUUUUUCUUUAGUUCCGCGCUGCUUGAUCCAUCCAGUGUCAGUCCGCCCAGCUACUCGCGGCUCUGCUUCUGGUGGUCAAAAUGAGCGAUAAAGGCCUGUCGGACGAGGCAGCAGCAGCCGCUUGUAAAGAUGGACACGCUAUGACUAAAGACUUCAUGAUGCAGCAGACGAUGCUGCGCGUCAAGGAUCCAGUCAAAUCCUUGGACUUCUACACCAGAAUCCUUGGCAUGACGCUCCUGCAAAAGUUCGACUUCCCUUCCAUGCGUUUCUCUCUCUUCUUCUUGGGCUACGAGGAUAAGAAGGAGAUCCCUGUAGAUGUGAAGGAGAGGACGGCCUGGACCUUUUCCAGAAGAGCCACCAUCGAGUUGACACAUAACUGGGGUUCUGAGUCUGAUGAAAGCCAGUCUUAUCACAAUGGAAACUCAGAUCCUCGUGGCUUUGGACACAUUGGAAUUGCUGUUCCUGAUGUCAAUGCUGCCUGCAAAGUAUUUGAAGAGCAAGGAGUCACAUUUGUCAAGAAGCCAGACGAUGGUAAAAUGAGAGGCUUGGCCUUCAUUCAGGACCCUGAUGGUUACUGGAUCGAGAUCCUGAGUCCCAACAACAUGGUCUCCAUUACCUCUUAAAAAGAAUGAUGACAACAUGCUACCUGCCACAUAACAGAUAGGCUAAGCCUGCUGCGGAUUCACUGGGAUGGCAGAACGUUGGGGAUUAGCAAAUAAUUUAGCAACACAAGCUGGAGAGCCAAGGCGUAUGGAGCACCGAGGGAAGAUUGACAGAACGGGAUCACUUCUGCAGUGGCAAUCGACGUGUUCUGGCAUUGAAUGGUCUAAUAUUGGACAGUUGAUUAGGAAAUACGUUAAAUCAGUGAGUCAUAGAAGAAUAGCAACUACUGUGUGUGGCUGUUGAACUUCUUUUUUUCAGUUUGUAUUGGUCUUCAAGAAGUGAUGCUUGAAAUGAUGGGGUGCUACUGUGCAGUAAAUGUGAAAGCCACCAUUCAAAACAAUUGCGUUUUGUCAUUUCUAGUGUUAACAGCCUACAAUGUGAUAGUAAUAGUGCUUCAGCCCCAAUAUGGUAGAAAUUGUUGCUUCAAGCUCUUUUUCACUUGUAGAUUUGGUGUUUCAGUUCUGUCUUUGACAUGCAAACAUGAAUAUUUCACAGAGUAUUUAAACCAUUUUAAGAGUUGUUACAGUCUGAAUCCAUUUAUUUUACAAAGUGCAAUUAAAACACAAGGUAUUUGACCUGGAUAAACAGUG